AUGGACACAGAGAGCGUCUACGGCAGCCCGGCCAACCGUUUCGACUUCUUGGUCGGUUACGAUCGAGAUGAUGGCGUGUCGGGUCCUAGUGUCUAUCUUGGGGAGGUUGGCGAACUAGGGUUCAGUAUGGUAGACUUUCCUGAAGGCCCCCGUAAGGUCUUCAAGGAGGUCGGCAUACGAUGCCUGAAGACCACCCAAGAGUGUAGUGAUGAAUCGUGCUGCUGUCGACCGUUCUCAAAUUGGAGUCCCAAGAGGAAGCGUAAUGAGGAGUAG